AUCUCUCUCUCUCUCUCAAACAACGGCGAUUUCAUCUCUCCUCCUUUCAUGGCGACCAACAACGAUGCCCGUCUUGAGUUCUUCAUGCCAUACCUUCCAUACCCCUCCGAUCUCAUGAAUCUCCCGCAGUCCUUCAGCCGCUACUUACCGAGGCCUCUUCCCGAGAGAGUGAUCAUCAAAAACUCCAGCGGAAACUUCUGGAGAGUCCGCGUGAAAGGAAGGAACCAGUCUGCGUAUUUCGCGAGCGGCUGGAAAACAUUCGCCCAGGACAACAAUCUCAGGGCAGGAGAGUUCAUGGUCUUUGAGUACAAGCCUCCAGCCACCUUUCACGUGAGCAUAUACGGUCUCUCUUCUUGUCGGGAGAAGAGAGCCCAAGUCGAGAUCCAAGAGAUCUCCGAGGAAGAAGACGUGAUCGAAGCUGGUGACAGUAACGACAUUUGUUCACCCCUAAUGGAAGAAGAUAUCUCCGAUGAAGACUUUCUGAUGGACACAACAAUACCGGAAAGUAUCACAAAGUUGCAGAUCGGUGGUAAGAAAGGCCAAGGAGCAUCAAGCAAACGGAAAGGUCUCGUUGUCGAGAAUCCAGAGAGAUAUCUCGACGAUCCCACGAACCCUUUCUUCGUGACCGAGCUCAAGAACAGGAAAUUCGAGCUGUUGGUUCCUACUCAGAUGGUUAGAGACUGCAAUCUGAGAUUCUCCAAAACCAUACGCUUCAUCGACGAGUUUCCAUCGGAAAAACUCGAAGGAAAACGCGUUCCAUGGAAGGAUAAACGCGUUUGUAUUAACCGGUGGGCAAGAGUUUGCAGAAGGAACAAAAUCAAACCCGAAGACAAGAUCAUAUGCGAGCUUCUUCGCGAACAGGGUACUGUGUAUGCCAUCAAGAUUCACAUCAUCCGCGGAUGAUAAAACGAUGGAUACGAGCUUUACUUUCUCGGAUUUUAUCUUGAAGUUCGGAUAUGCGAAACUUGUGUUUUUUUAACUUAACUUGCAUUGUCUGAACUUAAUCUAAGCACCUAUGUUGUUGUU